GUUUUUACUUUCAAAGCAGCCGCAGAAAGGAAACAGCACAAAGGGCCGGGACGGGGCGGAGGGCGCAGCCCGGCAGGGUUGCUUCUCAGGCCGCCGCGGGCAUCCGGGCCUGGGCUCCGCGGAGGUGCAGGAGCCCGGGUGGGUUCACUGCGAGCAGUCGCUCGGAGCAGAAGCAGAGCCGGGCCGGCCUGGGCGCGGGCGGACGGACAGACAAGGGACACACGGACGGGGCCUGCCCGCCAUCCUGGGCACAGCACAGGCGUGGUGGCCGCAGGCGGCCGGGAGUCACCGGGCAGGGAGGGAGCCAGGGCGGCUGCGGCCUGGGCUCCCCACGGCACAGCCGUGCAGGAAGCUUCGCAGCCAGACCCCGCACGGGAGCUCACGUUGCAGCGAGGGGUCUGGGCUGUCGGGUGCAAGCACCGAGUUGGGGCGGCCACGAGGUGUCAGCACCAGGAGACAGACAGAGAGACAGAGACAGACAGAGCUCCGCUGCCUGCGUACAUCCAGGCUCUUCCUCCUGCAGAACUUUGGCUUCUCGUGCGGCUCCGAACCCCGCUAUGGCCCACAGGACGGAGGCCGAGCCCGGGGCCAGCCCGCGUCCCGACCCUGUCUGGGCCCGGCUGGCCGUGGCGCUGGGGCUGUGCCUGGCCGUCAGGACCACGUCUGCCAGCGACGCCCCGAGCUCCCUGCCCAACUUCCUGCUCCUGAUGGCGGACGACCUGGGCAUCGGAGACCUGGGCUGCUACGGCAACGGCACCCUAAGAACUCCAAAUAUUGACCGGCUUGCAGAACACGGGGUGAAGCUGACCCACCACAUCGCCGCGGCGUCCGUGUGUACCCCGAGCAGGGCCGCCUUCCUGACGGGGAGAUACCCCAUCCGCUCGGGUAUGGUGUCCUACAACGGCUACCGCGUCCUGCAGUGGACCGGGGUCCCCGGGGGCCUCCCCGCCAGCGAGGUCACGUUUGCAAAGCUCCUGAAGGACAGCGGCUACACCACGGGGCUCAUAGGAAAGUGGCACUUGGGGCUCAACUGCGAGACCUCCAGCGACCACUGCCACCACCCGCUCAGCCACGGGUUCGACCACUUCUACGGAAUGCCCUUCAGCAUGAUGGCGGACUGCCAGCAGUGGGCGCUGUCCGAGCGGCGCGUCGGCCUGCAGAACAGGCUGCGCCUCUGCUGCCAGAUCCUGAGCCUUGCGGUUCUCACCCUGGCCGCCGGGAAGCUCACCCGUCUGCUUCCCGUCUCGUGGACGCCCGCCGUCUUGCUCGCCAUCUCGGCCGCCGCGGUCUUCUCCAUCGCCCACUUCUUGGGUGACCUGAUCGUCUACGCGGACUGCUUCCUCAUGAGGAACCACGACAUCACCGAGCAGCCCAUGCGCUUCGAGAGGACCACGUCCCUCCUGCUGACGGAGACGGAGACAUUUCUGAAAAAGAACAGGCGCGGGCCGUUCCUGCUCUUCGUGUCCUUCCUGCACGUGCACACCCCACUGGUCACCACCCGGGACUUCGUGGGCAGAAGCCAGCACGGGCUGUACGGGGACAACGUGGAGGAGCUGGACUGGAUGGUAGGUCAGGUCCUGGGGCGCCUGGAGGAGGAGGGACUGAGCGCCAGCACCCUGGUGUACUUCACGUCCGACCACGGGGGCUCCCUGGAGUCGCAGCUUGAGGGCCGACAGUACGGAGGUUGGAACGGCGUCUACAGAGGUGGCAAAGGCAUGGGGGGCUGGGAGGGCGGCAUCCGCGUGCCCGGCAUCUUCCGCUGGCCCGGGGUGCUGCCCGCCGGCCGCGUGGUCCACGAGCCCACCAGCCUGAUGGACGUCUUCCCCACCGUGGUGCAGCUGGCGGGCGGCCGGGUGCCACAGGACAGAGAGAUCGACGGGCGCGACCUCUGGCCCCUGCUCCUGGGCACGGCCCGGCACUCCCCGCACGAGUUCCUGUUCCACUACUGCGAGCACAUGGUGCACGCGGCCCGCUGGCACCAGCGCGAUGCAGGAAAGGUGUGGAAAGUCCACUACGCGACGCCUGUCUUCCAGCCGGAGGGCGCGGGAGCCUGCUACGGGCGAGGGGUGUGCCCGUGCUUCGGGGAGAACGUCACCGAGCACGACCCGCCGCUGCUCUUCGAGCUCACCAGGGACCCCGGCGAGCGCCACGCGCUCACGCCCAACACGGAACCCGAGUUCCACGCGGUGCUGGCCAGGGUGCGGCAGGAGGUGGACGGGCACCGGCAGGGCGUGAGGCUGGCCUUCCAGCAGCUGGGCACCUACCUCAACACCUGGCGGCCCUGGCUGCAGCCCUGCUGCGGCCGCUUCCCGCUCUGCUGGUGCCGCCCCGAGGACGACGCCCAGUGAGCUCGGCAGGCGCUCGGGUGCCAGCCCCACGCCCUGCAGACUGCGGCCCUCUCGAGCUGGCCCUGAGUGCGCACGCGGGGAGCCGGGGUCACCGCUACCCAAAGGGCCAAGGUGGACAGAGGUCGGGGUGCAGCUCAGGCUGCUAAAUAAAACACUCUGGGGAGCGGUCA